CAGUAACAAGUAACAACUAACUCGUGGAAACUCACUCUCCAGAACAAACCCUAAUUCUCCCAUUUUGAAGAAGUGGUUUUUGGUGAUACAAGAAGAUGCCAGACACCCAAGCUCUCGUCAAUGAUUUUCUUAACAAGCUUAAAAAACGUAAGAUUGAGGGUUCACAAGCAACAGCGAAGCAGACAGCGGAACUUCUUCGUUCAGUGAUUUCUCAAACACGUGUGCCUUAUACGAACCAGGCUGCUGCUUUGAUUCAAUCGGUUAAAGCUGUUGGAGAACGACUAAUUGCUGCAAAUCCUGUCGAGCUUGCUGUGGGUAACGUUGUGAGGCGUGUUUUGCACAUUAUCAGAGAGGAAGAUCUUUCUCUUACAGCAGCUGCUAUGGCUGGAGUGAACUUGUCAGCAGUAAGUGACGAUGAAGAUGAUGCUGAUGGAGACAACCAACCAGUACUAUCAGCUGCUGCCAUUGCUGCUGCUUCUAGAAGCACUUUGCGUCCACCUUCCUUGCAAACACUACUUGAGGAUGUGCCCGACUUUGCUGCAGUUCCUCAUACUUCUUCUUCUGGUGGAGAUUCUGAAGGAAAAAGCAAAUCUGCUGACAAAAGUUCAAGAAGUCGGAAGCUGAAGCAUGAUGUCAUUGAAGCAGUCAAUGAACUUAUUCAAGACAUUAGCACUUGCCAUGAACAGAUUGCUGAGCAAGCAGUAGAGCAUAUACAUCAAAACGAGGUGAUAUUAACUUUAGGCAGUUCAAGAACUGUGCUGGAAUUUCUUUGUGCUGCAAAAGAGAAGAAAAGAUCAUUUCGGGUAUUUGUUGCAGAGGGUGCUCCAAGGUAUCAGGGGCAUCUUCUUGCAAAAGAAUUGGUUAUGAGAGGUUUACCGACUACACUAAUUACCGACUCUGCAGUUUUUGCCAUGAUUUCCCGAGUAAACAUGGUUAUUGUUGGAGCUCAUGCUGUCAUGGCUAAUGGUGGGGUCAUAGCACCUGUUGGGCUGAACAUGGUCGCUCUUGCAGCUCAGAAGCAUGCUGUCCCAUUUGUUGUUCUUGCUGGCAUUCACAAGUUAUGCCCCCUGUAUCCACACCACCCUGAAGUGUUGCUGAAUGAAUUGCGUUCCCCAUCUGAGUUGCUAGAUUUUGGAGAAUUCUCGGAUUGCUUAGAUUUUGGAAGUGGCAUUGGUGCCCCUCUUCUUCAUGUUGUCAACCCAACAUUUGAUUAUGUGCCACCAAAGCUUGUUAGUCUCUUUAUAACUGAUACUGGAGGGCAUAAUCCAUCAUACAUGUACCGCCUGAUUGCGGAUUAUUACUCUGCUGAUGAUCUUGUACUGCAACGGAGAGCUACUUCGGGGAAUUAAGUCUACAGUGCCGAGUUAUACCAAUUGUUUGUGAUGCCUGUACGUGGAGAAAUGAAUUUCAAGUCGGUGGAAUUUGUUAAAUCGUUGAUACGAAAGUGUGGAAUCAACUUUGGUAAAACUGGACCAUAGCAUAGAGAAGUCAUUUUUUGAGAGAUGUAGGACCCAGGAAAUAGAAAUGCAGUGGGAGAAAAGAGAGAAAUGGAAGUGAAGGUAACAUGUUUAUCUUUUAUAUCGCCAUGGAAAUUCCUCAACAUUCUACUGUAUGAGAACUCACGCAUGCAUGGAACUAUUGUUGUAUUACUGUUGACUUGAAACUUGAUGGGUGGUGGUACUUGAGUGGAGAUAUACCUCUUUUGCA